AUGGCCGAACAUACUCCACAAUACGUAUACCCCGUUAAAUCUGUUGUCUUGCCAAAACGGCACCAUGGUUUCCUUGCGUAUAACAUUGCGCAUCCCCUUUCAGAAGCAUCUACUAGAGAAUAUCAUCAUAUUAUUGAAGUUUUUCAUCCAAAGCUUGCUCUCCCACUGAGCUUUGCAAAAGAUAUCAUUAUUAGAAUUUUUCAAGUCACUGUCCUUCCAUUCUUACGCCAUCCAAAAGGUUUUGAUGAGGAUACUUGCGUAUACUCGUACAUUUCGACGAAUGCGCAUCCUGAACACGAGAAGCCUUAUCCUACUGGAAGUCUAGUAAUCCCUCAAGACCUCAUCAAGUUUAUCUGUAUACAUGAUGACCCAGACUUGAUAGUUGAAGCCAGCUCCGAAGAAUAUCUCAGGAUCAUCAGUCUCUUCUUUCCGGAUCUUCAACUUCCUCAGUCCUUCGAUCGAGAAACUCUUAUCAGCCUCUUUGAAAUCAUCGUGCUCCCAUUUUUUCGUCCUCUUGAGGAAUUGGACGAACAUAGUGGCUAUAUACGUUAUCUCCAAGUCGAAGUUAUUCGUCAAAUUCAACCAAAAGUUAUCCCAACUCAAGUUGUUACACUUCCGGUCAACCUGCAUAGAUUCCUAGCAUUCGCGAAUCCGAAAGGUCUUCGCUGGCCCUAG